CUCCUCGGAAAAGGAAACUUGAAAUGUCCCAAAGCAGCGGCUCUGAAGAAAGUGAUGAUCUACCUAUUUCCUCUACCAAGAAGAAGAAACCUAAUUGUCUUGAGUCACAAGAUUCAGUAGAAGAUUUUGAGAAAAAAGAAUCUAUCCUGAGAAAGCUUCACAAUAAGUUUCCGGAUUUAGACAAAGAGGAACUCAAGGAAGUCCUGGAAGAACAUGACUGGUCCUUUUGGGAGGCCUUGGAAGCUUUGCAGGCAUUUACCAAUCAAGAAGAUGAAGUGCCUUGUAUGCCAGAGCCUAACAGCGUAAAUGGAAAAGGUGCCAACUCACAUUUUAAAGUGCAACUAAAAGAGUUGCCAGCAGUGCAGUUGAAACAAUCUGGAACAGCGAAAGGUCAGAAUGGUAAAAGCAAAAAACGUGGCAAAGGACAAAAAGAUGGUAGAAGCGUUCAAAGGGAAUGUAGCGAUUCUGAAGAUGUGGAAUCCAUUCCUUCUGGUGGUGAGAGCUCACUUGAUGAAGACUAUAGUAGUGCAGAUGAAGAGAUGGAAGAUGAAUACAGGACUAAAAUAGUCAGCUUCUUGCAGGAUGGUACAGUGGAUGAACUUUCUCUUAUACCUCAAUGUUCUUUGAGAAAGGCUCAGAAGAUUAUAGAACUCCGGCCCUUUAACAAUUGGGAAUCACUGUUUAAAAAGUUUAAUCGGUCACAUGGUUUGUCUGAAGAUUUGAUAUGGAACUGCAAAACAGUAAUCAAGGAACGGGAAGUAGUUCUUAAACUUAUGAACAGAUGUGCCGAAAUCUCCCAAAGAUUAGAAAAACAAGUAACAGAAAUAACAGAAGAUGGUGGAAGUCACCAGACCAUCGAACAGCCUGUCAUUCUGAGCAAAAGCUUGGAGCUUAAACCAUAUCAACUAGUCGGACUGAAUUGGUUAGUUUUACUGAAUAAACAUCGGGUGAAUGGUAUAUUAGCAGAUGAAAUGGGACUGGGGAAAACUGUACAAGCUAUAUCAUUCCUUGCCUACCUUUACCAAGAAGGAGAUAAAGGACCACAUCUCAUUAUUGUACCUGCCUCAACCCUAGACAACUGGAUCCGAGAACUUAAACAGUGGUGUCCUGAUCUCAAGGUCCUCCUUUAUUAUGGAUCUUUAGAAGACCGGAAAGUCCUAAGAUCUGAUAUACUUCACAAGUUUGUGGAUUUCAAUGUAAUCGUGACUACGUAUAGCUGCUCAAUAAGUAAUGCAGAUGACCGUAGUCUCUUUCGACGUUUAAAGCUCCAUUAUGCAGUUUUUGAUGAAGGACACAUGCUGAAAAAUAUGAGUUCCAUUCGAUAUCAGCAUCUUAUGACAUUUAAUGCUGAACAUCGCUUGCUGUUGACUGGGACUCCACUGCAGAAUAAUCUCCUAGAAUUGAUGUCUCUGUUGAAUUUUGUUAUGCCAAACAUGUUCAGCAGUAGUACUAGUGAGAUUCGCAGAAUGUUUUCAUCUAAAACAAAAAUCUUGGAACAGCAAAAUAGUUUUGAAAAAGGGAGGAUUGCUCAUGCCAAAAAGAUCAUGAAGCCAUUUAUCCUGAGGAGAGUAAAGAGUGAGGUCUUACAACAGCUUCCACCCAAACAAGACCGCGUAGAGAUAUGUUCAAUGUCUGAUAAACAAGAACAGGCAUACGCUGCUCUCUACAAGAAGUUAAAGAGAUCGAUCAACAGUAAUGAAAAGAAUGAGUUAUGCAAUGUGAUGAUGCAACUUCGAAAGAUGGCCAACCACCCUCUACUUCAUAGGCAGUAUUACACUGUGGAAAAGCUGAGGAAAAUGGCCAAGCUGAUGAAAAAGGAGCCCACUCACAGAGAUGCCAAUCCUGAUCUCAUCUUUGAAGACAUGGAGGCGAUGACAGAUUUUGAGUUGCACCACUUGUGUCAAGAGUACAGUAGUAUAAGAAGCUUUCAGUUAGAAAUGGAGUUGCUCUUGGAUUCCGGAAAGUUCCAAAUUUUGGAGAAUAUACUUGCAGAACUUAAGGAGGAGGGUUCCAGAGUUGUCCUGUUUAGCCAGUUCACUAUGAUGUUGGACAUUCUAGAAGUAUUCUUGAGACACCAUAAGCACAGAUAUCUUCGGCUGGACGGCAAAACCCAAAUCUCUGACAGAAUCCACUUGAUUGAUCAGUUUAAUACAGAUAUGGAUAUUUUUGUUUUCUUGUUAUCAACUAAAGCUGGAGGACUGGGUAUAAACCUAACCUCAGCUAACAUUGUCAUCCUUCAUGAUAUUGACUGCAAUCCCUACAAUGAUAAACAAGCAGAAGAUCGAUGUCACAGAGUAGGACAGAAAAAAAUAGUGCAUGUUGUAAAACUGAUCAGCAAAGGGACUAUUGAAGAAUCCAUGCUUAAAAUUGGUGAACAUAAACUGAAACUAGAACAGGAUAUGACUUCAACAGAAACAGGAGGCGAGGGGAACAUUCCACUUAAUAUAGCAACUUUGUUGAAGACUUCAUUAGGAUUAUAACAUUCAGCUGCCCUUUUUUAACAUCCUCCAUAAGCAUCGUUGGGUUAAGUCAACCAAAUUCCGAGUGCAACACAACUCUGAGAAAGAAUAUAUAAUACUGUGUAAUGUAAUUGGAAGUAGUGAAAUUGUCAAUUAACAAACAUCACCUUUUUUUUAUCGUAUGCGAUGGAAUGGGCAAUUUUUAAUGAAGAAAAAAUAGGAGUGGGUACUAGUGUUGUAUGAGAAUAAAGAGAAUUUGCCGUAUCAAAGCACCAGAAAUAAAUUUCCAUGUAUAUUAAUAUUGUAUUGCUGUAGUUCCACGUUUAAGCCACAAACAUACUGUACUGAAACAGGGUAAAUGGUAAAGUUCUUUACCAGUGAUGAAACAUUGGUACUACAGCAUUGCAAUCAGCAUUUUCUGUCCUCCUCUUCCUCCUCUAAAGAUAUAUGUAUGUUUACAAUAAUUUUGUCAGACCAGGCAACUUUUCAUAUGCUAAUACUGUGAAUUCUGUUUUGGCCUCUCUUCCUCAAUUAAUUGGCUAUGAUACAUUACUCAUCAGAAUCCUAAACUAAGAAAAUGUUCUGAACCUAUCAGAUAUAAAAUCUAUUUAAAAAUCCUUAAGGAGUUAAGAGAGGUUUUUCAAUUUGUGGUCAUUUUUAACAUUUCUAUGGACUUGUUAAUUUCUCCUCACUUGCGUUUUGUCCCAACAAUUGGAUUCUCUCUGGUUUCUCAGUUUUGUGUUGCUUUGUGUAUUCAUAGUAGUAAUUACUGUACCAUCUCUGAAAAAAUAUUUGCUUUGUUUACUUGACCUGUUAUACUGUUACUAGCUUAAAAUGAGAAAUUAAGUGCAAAUAAAGAUUCUGCUGUUUUGAAA